AUGUUUUCACUCAAGAAUGUCCUUUAUUUCCAAGCUGGACUUGGAGUCCUAGCAAAUAUGUCUCUUCUUUGCUUCUAUAUUUUUAUAAUUGUAGGUCACAGACCUAAGCCCACGGACUUGAUCUCCUGUCAGCUGACCUUCAUUCACAUAAUGGUGUGCCUCACUGGAGGGGACCUGUUGCUUACAGACAUAUUUGAGUCACUAAAUAUUAAUAAUGACUUCAAAUGUAAGGCAACAUUUUACAUAAGCAGGGUGAUGAGAUGCCUCUCUAUCUGCACCACCUGCCUCCUGAGUGUGUUCCAGGCUGUCACAAUCAGUCCCAGUACUUCUUGUUUGGCAAAAUUUAAACAGAAACUAAGAAAAUACAUGGUCUAUAUUUUCUUAUGUAUUUGGUCUUUCAGUUUUUCAUACAGUAGUAGCCGGAUCUUCUAUGUUCGUGGUUUUACUAAUGUGAGUGAGAGUAACCAGAUGCAGAUCACUAAAUCCUGCUUACUCUUCCGCAUGAACUCCAUCAUCAGGGUAUUCAUUUUUACAGUGACAACCUCCAGAGAUGUAUUUCUUGUAGGAAUGAUGCUAACCACAAGUACAUACAUGGUGAUUAUCUUAUGUAGACAUCAGAGGCAGUGCAAGCAUCUUCAUCAUAGCAUCAAACACCUGAGAGCAUCCCCUGAGAAAAGAGCUACCCAGACUAUCUUGCUGCUGGUGAUUUUCUUUGUGGUCAUGUACUGGGUGGACUUCAUCAUCUCAACCACAUCAGUCCUGGUGUGGAUUUAUGAUCCAGUCAGCCUUAUGGUUCAGAAGUUUCUGAUGUAUGCCUAUCCCACAAUUAGUCCUUUGGUACAAAUCAGUUCUGAUAACAGAAUAAUAAUUAUGGUGAAAAACAUGUACUCAAAGCACCACCAGAGAUUUUUUUAA